AUGGACGGGCCUUCGGGCCGCAGAGCCCCGGCCCCGGAGGAGGCGGGCCCGCUCGGGGAGAAGGCCCCCGCGGCGGCGGAGCCGCAGCCCAGCAGGGCGCCCGCGGGCCGCAGGCGCCGCGCGCAGCCGCCCCUGAGCCCCGAGGACGAGGAGCUCCUGUUCGCCGCCUUCGACGCAUCCUUCCAGGAUGACUUCGAGGGCGUCCCCGUGUUCGUGCCGUUCCAGAGGAAGAAGCCCUACGAGUGCGGCGAGUGCGGGCGCGUCUUCAAGCACAAGACGGACCACGCGCGCCACCAGCGCGUGCACACCGGCGAGAAGCCGUUCCCGUGCGGCCAGUGCGGCAAGCGCUUCCGGCACAGCUCGGACGUCACCAAGCACCAGCGCGUGCACACCGGCGAGAAGCCGUUCCCGUGCGGCCAGUGCGGCCGCGCCUUCAACUGCGGCUCCAACCUCCUGAAACACCAGAAGACGCACACCGGGGAGCGGCCCUACGCGUGCGAGGAGUGCGGCCGGGCCUUCGCCUACAGCUCCUGCCUCAUCCGCCACCGCAAACGCCACCCGCAACCCCGCAAGAAGCACUGAGCCGGCUCACCGCCAGGGGGCGCCCUCCGCGCCGUGCCAUGUCGCCGGAGCCUGCCGGGACCGCGUGUGGUGCCCAGGAACACCCAGCCCUUCCACCUCCCUUCGAAGGCCCAGCCCCUGGGCUCUCAGCUCUGCGUGCUCCAGUGUCCGCCCCGUGUGGCCUGGCUGGAGCUAGGGACCCGCUCUUGGGCCAGCUUCGGGGGUCCCACUCAGCUGGCCUGUGACCAUCCUGAGCUCGGUCCUCUGGCCAGGGCGCCAGUCCCCGAGCUCAGCUGUGUGCCACACCUGGCCAUCAUCCCAGGUGGGCGGCCUGGCUUUCUGGGUGGACCGCUUGGAACACAGGCUCCUCAAGGCCUUGACACUGCUGCUGGGAGAUCCGUGGCCCGGCCACGUGCAGGGGUCCCAGGCUCCACCAGCAGCUGCCACCUGCCUGCCCCUGCCCUGCAGACGGACAGUGGACACCUGCCCCUAGAGCAGCCCUCCACGCGCCCGACUCCAGGUGCACCUCACCACGGCCACGCCCACCGAGGUGGUCUGGAUGGGGUCCCGAGACUGCGGACUGUGGCGUGUAGCAGGGAAGCAAGGUGACAUCACCCACCUGCAGGGCUCACAGGACAGGCUCCCGGCUGCAGAAGGGGAGCCGAGCCCUGGCCUGGACUCCACGGCGGGGCUGGCGGCAGGUCCUUCUGUCUUCAGGCAGUCAGCAGAUCCUGCGGACCCCUCAGCUGGUGAGACCCCCGCGGCGCCUGCAGCUCCGUCCCAGACAGGGCCCUGGGGUCCGGAGGCACAGCGGCUGCAGGGAGCGCUCACGUUCUCAGCGUCCCCGCAGGGCAGCCAGCUCCAGCUCACAGGGUCCUGGGAGAAACGUGGGAGCCUUCAGCCGGAAACCCUCCCAGCCAGCCUGGACUCCACCUGGGCCGCGCCCCCACCGCUGCGUCUGACACUGCACAACCUCAGCGGGGGGGGGGGGGGGGGGGGGCUGAUGGCACAGGACCCUGGGCCCAGCGUCCCCAGCCAGGGGACCUGAUGCCUGAUGUCACGUGACCCUGGGCCCAGCAUUUCCUGAGCUCCGCCUCCCAGGAACCUGACUUCUGGGGGCUCGACCCCUGCUCCACAGCGGCUGGGCCCGUUCCACACGGCAGCUGGGACUUGGGGGACCCACUACUUCCUGGAGAGGGUGGGGACUCCGGGCGCACCUGCACUUUAUCCCAUCGUGGCCGCGUGUCUCCCACGUGGGAUCGAGAUGUGGUCGCCCUUUUGUACAGUGAGGUGGGCAGAGGCAGAUGGGACUAUGCCUUGGUUCCCGGGAGAGGCCGGGCGCUUCCUCACCUGCACGGCCACUGGGGGGGCGGGGGAGCUGAGUCUCGUGCCCCACCCCCGGCUGCUGUCUCCUGGGUGCCUCCCAGCAAACCAAGGGGGAGCACGUGCCCCUCACCUUGACCCCAGUGGCCACCCCCAGGCGAGGUCCAGGGCAACGCUCGCUCAGCCUCAGCAUUGAAGAUGCCCUCCCGCCCCGGGCGACAGAGCCCUGGGCUGCAGGAGCCCGGCGUGGGGCUGCCUGUAGCACCUGUUCCCAGCCUGGGUGUGUGGCUGGCCCUCAUGUGCCCAGUGCUCACCGCUCCCUGGAGUGGCCCAGCACCCUGGGUAUCCCAAACCAGGGGCCCACCCUGGGGUCAACUGGCAGCAGCCAGUGCCGUGGCCGUGGUCUGGGUGUCGUGGCUAAUGUCCCUGGUGUGGUCUCUUCCCCCGUUCUUUGUCCCUGAAAUGAAGCCUCCCAGCCCUGCGUGCAGUGAACGUCUGUGUGUGACCCGCGUGUGUUCCAGAGAGCCCCGUGUUGGUGGUGGGGUCCCAGGAGCUGUGGGCACCGUGAGCAGGUGCUCACCAGGCAGGGCCAGGGCCCCAUUCACCAAGCAGCUCAGUGUCCAACAAGAGGGAUCCCUUCCCUGGCCCAGACACCCAGGACCCCAGAGGACCUCCUCUGAACCGUCAUCUGGCCUGGCCUUGCCCACUCAGCCUUCCUGUAGGGCAGCCGCUCCCAACAAGGGACGAUUCCUGUCAGUGUGGCCCUUCGGUUGCCGCCUGUGGGAGCAGGCAGGCCGCCCGCUCAGUGGGAGGCCCAGUGGCCCCUUGCGCACCAGGUUGGGGCCAGCAGAUACAUGCACCUGCAAGCGGAGUUUCAGAAGGAGCCGCUAGGCCACGAGAGGAGGGGCGGAGCCGCCGACAGACCCC